AUGGCACACGGAGGGCACUGGGAUCCCAACUCUGUUGGCAAUUAUAAUCAGACACCACCCCCUGCUGUACCUCACCAAGCCCACGGCGGUGCAUAUACUCCAGGCAGCUCGGUCGUCUCCUACCAGAACCAGCCAUACACUCAUCCAUAUCAACAAGCUGUAUCGCCUUCCACGAGCCCACUCUCGGCCCAGUCCCACAGCUAUCCAGCUUCCCCUGGGUCGCUAGGAUACCAACAGUCCAUCCCUCUUGGGCAACCCCAGACUCACAACACAAUGCAAUACCAACAGCCAUCUAUGGCCUACAAUGGUCAACAAGGUGUCAUCUAUCAACAGGGUUCUAGCAGUGGUCAGCAGGACGGACCAAUGAACAAAGGUGCCAUUGUCCCCGUAACUACCACGCCUCUCACGACUUCGACCAGUCCAAAUGAGAAAGAAGUUUCUGAAAAGGAGUUUCCUGUCAAGCUCAAAGGAAGCAAGCACUUCUUUGAUUCGCGAUCCAUCUACAGAUGGCGUAAUCCUGUUUUGUACCAGAAGCCUGGUUAUACUUACACGAACAGUGAGGUUAAGUUGAGACAUAGAGACUAUGCGGGUCGUGUCUCCUUCAAGCCUCGUUCAGAUCGGUAUCUGCACCACAAUGAUGGCUACCUACGCAACAUGUAUGUUGCAUGUGUUGAUUCCAUCUAUGAAGGCCCUGGCACUUCAACUUGGAAGAGAACCUAUGUUCGCAAGGUCGCUCCGAUGAAGGUGCGCAUUGCUACAUGGAUCAUUGACUUUAGCUACGAUCCCAAGAGUUGGGAAGAUUGGGGUAUCAUGGUAUUGAGAACUUUCCCGGCUGCCAUUGCCAUGGCGCUUGUUUUCUGGGAUGGCAAGCCUAAUGUCAUCAAGCGAAACCUCGCUUAUGCUCCUGUUCUUUACAGGUAUCAUGGCGACGCCAAGGUCUGGAGCAAUUUGCUCGAGAACCGCAAGGGUUUAUCCCUUAUGGCUCGUAACAAUCAGAUCUAUCGCAUGUUGAGACCUCGCUAUCUCUGCUUCCUUCGUGAGCCGUUCAACGACGAGAACAGAGGAGUAGAUGUCCGCAGCGUCGUCGAGUGGGAGAACAAUGAGGGACAAGACACAAACCUUGCCUAUCUCUUCGUUGCCUACUCGACUGAGCAUUUUAGCCAUAGCUCUGAGCAGGACAUGAUGGCUCUUCAUCAUAUCGCUGAGACCGCUUGUCGAGCUGCAAAGCUUCCUGCCUACUGGAUCGCUUGUAGCUGCAUGCGCGAUGAGAAUGAGCUUGAGUCUGAUGUUUAUCGCAUCUCAGAUGUUCUCCGCGGUUCAGACAGGAUGGUCAUCGCUGUUGGAAGGGGUAAAGGCUCCAAGGCUGGUCACUCAGGCAAGGCCAACACUGAGUCUCUUCUUCGCGAGUGGGGAAGUCGGAUGUGGACUUUCCCUGAGGUUCUUCUGAGCCCAGGCCGAACUAUCUCGGUCUACACUCGCGAUGGAAACCUCCAGUCCCCCUUGGUUGUCGCCAAGAACCAGUUCGCUGCUCUGGUUUGGACGUACAUGGACUCUGACAUGGCUCGCCAUCUGAUUGAUCAUUAUCUCGGCUCCAUCAACCUGAGUCGUCUGGAGCAAGCUGUUCUGGCGCUCAAGUGUCUCUACAGCCGCCACACUACUGAGUAUCUCCCUGGUGACCAGGCUUAUGCCCUCAUGGGUCUCUUGAGACUUCGACCUCAAGUUGACCGAACCGACACAGCCUUCCAGGCUUUCUCAAGACUGUCUUUGGCAAACGACUCUGACAGACUCCUCGAGAGGUACAUCUGCACACUCCCCCGAGACAAGGAUCAGCCAUGGUACGACAUGGAGGAUGCCUAUGAGUCAGCUCUCUGGGACAUUACUCCUUAUUGCCAGGUAGCUGGUAUCGCCGACAAAGACACCAUCAUCAUCGAUGGUGCCUGGGGCAUCUCCAUCCGCUGGAAGACUUUCUAUCCCGUGUACUGGUCUACUGGACCGUCAUGGAAGAGAUACUUCGCAGCAUUGGCAGUUGAGUGGAACGGAGUCUUCUUCAUCAUUGCAAUUGCACUCAUUGCAAGUGGUGCAUCCGCUAGCAGCUCUUCUGGCACUUCCUCUAGCAGCCCGUAUGGUUAUACCACCGGCGCCAGCGCUACUUCUGCAACUGCCCUGAUUGCCCCCGGUGUCAUCUUCCUCCUCCUCUUCGUCUGGAUCUGGUUGAUCACACCUAACCUGGUUCGAGUCAUUUAUGGUGGCAAGUUUGCUGAUACUCAAGCCGAGAUGUUUGGCUUUGAAGGGCAUCUCAAUGCCCCCACUAUUGAGAGGUCCAUCUUUGGAGGUAACUUUGGUCGCUUCUCCUGGAGCACUAAUGGAAGCCCCCUCAGCCGAAGUGUCGUUAACGAAGAUGGCGAGCGCGUGGGGGUCGACCCUUACAAGGAUCCUGAGGUGAGGAUGAAGGUUGAGGCAGCCAAGCAAGCUCGUCCAGGCGACAUGAGGAUUUUCACUCUUGUAGAUACGUACAACAUGGAGUUGACCUUGUUCGAGGCUGUCAGGCCACCUGUCACUCUCAUGUUCUGUGCUUCCGAGGGUGGAAUGCAGCGAGCUAUUGGAUGCUCUUAUGAGUGGGAGACGCAGACUAUGUAUCGCGAAACAGUCCUAAGAAUGCCCACAACAGCCUUGAACCGAAUGGAUCGUGUUCCUCGAUUCCGCAUGGGAAUUCAACGACCUACGUAUCCUUCUGCUCCGUUGAACGGGGCUGUCUAA